UCUCUCAUUUGGUCUUUGUUAGACGAUGAUGAACCACGAGCAAGCAUACACGGUGUAUAGUGCGUUUCAUUUAAUAAUACGAUACUGUGCGUGAAAGAGCUAACUUGUUUUUUGUCUCGACUUUUUUUUCCUUUUGAGUUUUAAGCUUUCGAAGAUUAAUUGUUAGAACAUAAUAUCAAUCGGUUUGAUAUAUAACACGUUUGAUCAGAUCGUAUUAAGCGACGAUCUUUCGCACAAAAUGUUUCGUAAAAGAAAUAAGAAAAGAUCCUUGCUCCAGCAGUGUGAUGCUACAAUGUCAAAACUUACCAAUCCAAGCGGAGAUACCAGCAAAAAUCAAACUCCGCCUACGUUGCUUUCGAGUUUGAGAAGCGUUCUCUUUGUCAUCGGAACAGUCGUUAUCGGAUUUGCUGCCGUUUGCAAUUCUUUAACAUGGCAUCUGCAAAGAUUUUGGGGUGCUUCCGGUGACUUUUGGCAAGCUCAAUGGGACAAGAUCUUGAACAAGUUAGGAGACAAUCCUUUAACGUUAUGGGUUUAUGGUUCGAUGGGAUUAACGUUCAUUGUUUAUUGGAUUUUCGGCGGAAUUUAUACAUUACUCGACAUUACAAAUCGUCCGGCAGCUCUACGAAGAUACAAAAUCCAGCCAGGCACAAACGAGCCAGUCGACACGAGAGAACUCUGCAAAGUAAUCGCUCAAGUAUUGUUCAAUCAAAUAAUCGUUGGACUGCCUAUAGCAUACUGCAGUUAUCACUUUAUGGAAUGGCGAGGUUAUCCCUCGGUAAGAGAAUUACCAACUUUUCAUUGGGUGCUCGUUGAAAUCGCCAUUCAUAUAUUGUGCGAAGAAAUUGGAUUUUACUAUUCUCAUAGAUUUCUGCACAGCCGUUACUUAUACAAGUACAUACAUAAGCAGCAUCACGAAUGGACCGCACCAAUAGCGGUAACAGCGUUGUACUGUCAUCCUUUAGAACACAUUGGCUCCAAUUUGAUUCCACCGUUUCUCGGUGUCUUCAUCGUUGGUUCUCACGUAGCCACUGCAUGGUUGUGGUUCUCUCUUGCGAUUCUUUCAACAUUGAAUGCCCAUUCUGGUUACCAUUUACCGUUUUUUCCAUCUCCAGAAGCACACGACUUCCAUCACUUAAAAUUUAAUCAGUGUUUCGGAGUAUUAGGCGUUUUAGAUCGUCUUCAUGGAACGGACACUCAAUUUCGUAAUUCGAGAGCUUAUCAACGUCAUGUGAUGAUGCUUAGUUUGGUACCUCCUAGAGAGGCUUUUCCUGAUGAAGCGAAAUAUAAAUCUAAAUAAGAGGAUUAUAUAUAUUCGAUUAUACGAACGUGUCGAGAUUAAUCUUGAAACAAAACUUUCUGGUUCAGAUAAGUAUCGUCGAAUAAGGUAACGACGAUUACUUCGGUUUGCAUUUGACGAACAUUUCUUCGAUCAAUCUAAAGAAGUUUCCAAACUACGAUCGGUGAGAACCAAUUCGUGAAUUGUUCAAUCGUGCACAACCUCAGUCAGCGUGAUCAAUAAGGCCUAAUCUCGCUGAACUUAUCUAUAUAAUUCGACGCAUUCGCGAAUCAACUAAAACGGAACUUUCAAGAGUUUUUUUUUUUCUACUAUAUGGUAGUUAUAGCAUUUAUUUUUAGAGAAAGAGAGAGAUUUCUUUCGGCUGUAAUCAUGUGCACAACAACUUAUACUAUUUUUUUACUUUUUUCUUUUUAAGGAGAAAUAUAUUUGAAUGAAGAAACGUGUGAUACAAAUCAUUUUUUCUAAGAUAAGAAAGAAAUUCCUCUUGAACAUAAUUGGACGGAUUUUUAAUUAUUAGCGUAUACAUUUGUUAUGAUGAUAAUGUAAAUUUUUUUUAAACUAUUGACGCAAAAACGAACUAACACGAUCAUCGAGAGCAAAAACAACAUUCUCUAAAAUUAUCGGAUCGACGGAUUUUGCGUUCCAACUAAGCUGUUAAUAUUAAAUUUGACUUUAUGAAAA